AUGUUCGCCAGGCCAUAUGUCUGUUCGAGCUGCAAGCGCCCAGGAUCAAUUCUUCUUAGACAACCACAGUCACAAUUUCUUCAUGCAUCUCCUUCAUCGGCACUUCCUCGGCGGAAAGAUUUCUUCUCAUCCAAUGCACACUUGAAACAAAAACAGCAAAACAACAACAAUGAGCCAACUGAGUUCUCUUCGGAGACUCAGCAGCAACGUCGACGAGGACCUAGGAUACCAGCAGCUCCGACUUCAUUGCGGCGAGUGGCGGUAGAGGCGCAAAGGUCAAAGGAUGGACUUCACUCUAAGGCACUUCUUAAAGAGCAGGGAUAUCGAACUAAGACAGUAACCGCAUACGCCGUCGCCGAGCAAUUCGAUAUACGCAAAGUCAGAGAUAUCCUACAAGAACGAGGUUAUGAACCAGAUCCUUUGGAGACGGGGCUCUUCCCGCAAGUCGUCCAUGUCCAGAUCCCGGUAGACUCAAUACGCCGCAUGUCGAAUCCCUCUAGCACAGAUUUACCGUCGGACCAAGUGGGCGACGUCUUCGUGUUUCCCUCCGGUACAGUGGUAGCGUGGUCGCUCCCCGAAGGAUUUACGUCAUUUUUGGCAACACGAACUCUUCUGCCCGCAGCCAAGGGUGCUCAUGUGGAUGAAUUGGAAACGGAGGAUCUCGAAUUCGUGGAGGACCCGAAGCGGGAGAAUAGCGUUAUCAAGGGCGACACAAUCAUACUGGGAACUUAUGACGGUCACGGAGAUGCGGAGACAUCAUCGACGAGCCAGCAAUCAGUCGACACGGUGUUGACCAAGGUCGCAUUUUCAUCGGGCCUCGCUCGGAGUACGAAGUUGGCUGUCCUUGAGAGUCUUCUGUCAAAUUACUUUGAAUCCACUCGGCCGAUCCCGACCCUUCUAUCACAGGGCUCCCGACUUCCGUUUACACGGGACUUCAUUCUCCGCAAGACCGGGCAGCUACUCAGUGUCCGAGCGCAGCUCAAUCUCUACUCGGAACUCACUGAUUCUCUCCCCGAUCUCUUUUGGGACAGUCGACACGAGCUUGGCUUGGAGGGAUACUAUGAGCAAGCUGGCAGAGCGUUGGACGUUGGCAUUCGCAUCAAGUUGUUGAAUGAGAAGAUGGAUUAUGCACAAGAGAUUGCAAGUGUACUCCGUGAGCGUCUCAGUGAGACACACGGUCUGCGGCUUGAAUGGAUCAUCAUUCUGCUCAUUGCCGUGGAAGUUGGCUUCGAGGUACUGCGUUUGUGGAAAGAGAGGGUACAUGAACAGGAGGAGGCGCGCAAGAAGGAUGCCUAA